AUGAAUACCCCCGUCUUCAAGCCAGCUUCGACCACCUUCCCAAACGUUGGCACUGUUACUAAGCCUGGAACUAAUCCCAAUGAUGGGCCUGCUGGAAUUGAGCAACAGAGACUGACUGGAUCUUCUCUUUCUCUGUGUGGAUUAUAA